AUGAGUUCUGCACCGAAUGGGCGCAAAAACCGCCCCAGAUCUGCCGGGAACAUUUUCCAGAUCGGCAAGCCCGCUGCUCACCGCGAGCCGGAGAGGCGGGAGAGCACCGAGAGCAGCCGCAGAGCCCAGCGCGCCGUGGCCGACUGCAGGAUGAUCGUCCAAGAAUUCAACACUCUCGUGGCUCUGUAUCGUGAGCUUGUCAUUUCCAUCGGUGAAAUAACAGUGGAUUGUCCCGCCUUACGGGCCGACAUGCUCAAGACCCGAAAUAAAGGCUGCGAAAUGGCGAGAGCAGCGCACCAGAGUCUCUCCCUGAUCUCGGGGCCAGAGGACGGGGAGAUUCACCCAGAGAUCUGCAGGCUCUUUAUACAGCUGCAGUGCUGCUUGGAGAUGUACAUCACAGAGAUGCUCAAGUCUGUCUGUCUGCUGGGCUCCCUGCAGCUCCACAGGAAAGGUAAAGACUCCGGUGGAGCGGCCAGGCUUGAAAGCAAGACAGACGAGAGCUCCGACAUCCCCAUACUGGAAGACACCUCCUCCUCUCCCAACGACUGCCCUCAGCUCUGCUGGCUGGUGGCCACCGACAUUGAGAACAUAGAAAGAGAUAUGAGAGAAAUGAAAAACCUUCUCAGUAAUCUCAGGGAGACUAUGCCUUUACCACUGAAGAAUCAAGAUGACAGCAGCCUGCUGAACCUGACUCCCUACCCAUUGGUCCGACAGAGGAAGAGGCGGUUCUUUGGGCUCUGUUGCCUGGUAACCAGCUAAAGGGCCCCACCUUCCUGGGAGGGAGGAGGUGACAAAGACACCAUUACCCAACGUCCUUCACCACUUGUGUCUCCCGCCAAUCUAUUACUGCCAUUUUCAAAUAUAAUGUCUCCUUCUCUUUUUUUCAAAGGCUGGCCAUUUUAUAAUUUAAUUUUGUAAUACAAAGAUGAAUUGUAAUUGCAAUGUAAUGGCAACAAUAGUCACAUUAUGCACAUUAUGUUAUGUGCAUAUUUAUUUGCA